CCGCCCCCCUCCCACCGCACCCGCACCGCGCCCGCACCGCGCACACACCGCACACACAGAGCCCGCACGGAGCCCCCGCAGCCGGCGGGUGCCGCUGCCCCCCGCGGGUGGGUGGGCGGGCGAGCGGGCGUGGGGAAUGGAGAGACGCCCGGCAGCAUCCCCGUGCUCGUCCUCAUCCUCAUCCUCGGGGCCGUGUGACUGACUGCGAGCGGCGCUCACAAGGCGCGCACACGGAGCCCCCCGACCCGGAGCCGCCGGGCAGAGCCGCCCCUGCCCCGUCCCGUCCCGCGGGGAGCCGGCAUGGAGUGAGAGCAGCCGCCAGGAGAAGCCCAAAAGAGAAACAGAGAUGGCCAAAUUGACAGAGUCGAUGACCAACGUCCUGGAAGAAGACUCAAUGGAGCAGGACAUAGAGAGCCCUGUCACUAUUCAUCAACCAAAGUUGCCCAAACAAGCUAGAGAGGAUCUGCCAAAACACCUAAACAAAGAAUGUGCCAAGAGGAAAAUCCAGAGGUACGUUAGGAAAGAUGGGAAAUGCAACGUCCACCACGGGAACGUCAGAGAGACCUACCGUUACCUGACGGACAUCUUCACCACCUUGGUGGAUCUCAAGUGGAGGUUCAACCUGUUGAUCUUUGUCAUGGUUUACACUGUGACCUGGCUGUUCUUUGGAAUGAUCUGGUGGCUGAUUGCCUACAUGAGAGGAGAUAUGGAUCACAUAGGGGACAGCACGUGGACCCCCUGCGUCAGCAACCUCAAUGGGUUUGUCUCAGCCUUUUUAUUCUCAAUCGAGACGGAAACCACCAUUGGGUAUGGUUACCGGGUCAUCACGGACAAGUGUCCCGAGGGCAUUAUCCUGCUCUUAGUGCAGUCGGUUUUAGGUUCUAUCGUCAACGCUUUCAUGGUUGGCUGCAUGUUUGUGAAAAUAUCCCAACCCAAGAAGAGGGCAGAAACCUUGGUGUUCUCCACAAACGCAGUCAUUUCCAUGCGGGAUGGAAAGCUGUGUCUGAUGUUCCGAGUAGGAGACCUUAGGAAUUCCCACAUUGUAGAGGCAUCAAUACGAGCCAAGUUGAUCAAAUCCAAACAGACAAAGGAGGGGGAAUUUAUACCACUCAACCAGACAGAUAUCAACGUAGGUUAUUACACAGGGGAUGAUCGUCUCUUUUUGGUUUCACCACUGAUCAUCAGCCAUGAGAUUAACCAGCAGAGUCCUUUCUGGGAGAUUUCCAAAGCCCAGUUGCCCAAAGAGGAGCUAGAAAUUGUUGUAAUCCUAGAAGGAAUGGUGGAGGCAACAGGGAUGACCUGCCAAGCCCGAAGCUCCUACAUCACGAGCGAGAUCCUCUGGGGUUAUCGCUUCACCCCUGUCCUCACCCUGGAGGACGGGUUUUAUGAGGUUGACUACAACAGUUUUCAUGAAACCUAUGAGACCAACACCCCAGUUUACAGUGCCAAAGAGCUGGCAGAGAUGGCCAGCCGAGCAGAACUGCCCCUCACGUGGUCCGUUUCCAGCAAGCUGGACCAGCACGCGGAGCUGGAAGCCGAGGAGGAGGAGAAGAAUCAGGAAGACCAAAAUGAAAGAAACGGUGACGUGGCCAACUUGGAGAGCGAGUCCAAAGUGUAGAACCAACAGAGGCACAAAGGCCAUGCCACCUCCUUCGUCUUCUCCCUCUUGGCUCCCGGUUUCUUCCUGCGACACGCCUUUAAUUCUUUUUUUUUUUCCUUCCUACGAUUCUCAAACCCUGGAAAAUAAAUACUCCAGAUGCGAAAUAUCUGCCUACCCGAUUCCAGCUCCAGAGAUUCACAGACUCCAAGGCGUGGGGUAAAGCUGCAAUACCCACUGGGGGUGGUGGAAUCUCCAUCCCCACCCUGGCAGUGACUGCUGGUUCCACCUCUCCAGGGUCAGACCUCCAGGUUUAUCCACCACAAAAAAAACCCACCCAAAUGCAACGGAAAUACAAGCAAGGGGUUUAAAAGGAAGGACUAAUUCAUCCAAGCAGACUUUGACUCUGGUUUUUGCGUGUUUCAGGACAGUUCCACAAGCUGGGGGACAAACCUCUGUGAAAUGGGCCUUGCAGCUUUAAGGGGAAGGUGAGCAGAGGGACCUGCAAUCCAACAAAAUACUGUACAUAUGCCUUAUGUAACUACUUUCUCUUUACAUUUAGUAAUAAACGCCGCAUGUACAAAAGUACUGUAGUAAAGAACUUCUAAAUAAUGUACACACAGACGUGUAACUAACGUAGGUUUAGAAACAAGAGUCCUAGAAAUAUCGGGAUGCAAAAAAAACCAACUCCCCAUCGAGUAGGAAUUUCUCUUCAAAUAUUUGGAGUGUAAUAUUGAUAAUUCCCCCCCCCCCUCUAGUGCAUGACAUUUUCUUCAGUGUACCAGACUGGCAGCUAUUUAGAGAACCUCACUGUUUGCCAAACAGAUCGUUUCACUGACUCUAAAAAGCCAUAAGUCUGGGAGAGGGCAGGGUAGAUAAAUCCCAACAGAACUCCUGAGAUACUGUGAAAAUGUUUACAAAUAAGGCAAAACCGGUUCCUGGUUACUCUUUUUUGGGGCAGUUCAACCUAAAAUUUAGGCUGUGGCAAACUCAUGGCUAAACAGAAUUUCCUGCAUACUCUUAAUAUAGCGAGCAUGUUUCAUGUAGAGGUAUUAUCCUUUAUGUGCAAUAUCCAGGGAAACUCCUCCCUUCUCCCUACCCAGACCAUGGGAAUUCAGCAGUUUGCUGCACCAACAGCACAAGCCAUUGAAAACUGAAUUAGAUUUUAGCUGCUCAGCUGGGAAAGAAACAGCUGCAUUUCACGUGAAGCCAAAAUCCAUGAAAUUUGUCUUUUUUUUUUUUUUUUUUUUUGCCAGCAGAGUCACGGGUGGCACAAACAGCCCUGGGUGUGUGUUUCAACAGGGCGUCCCAGCUAAACACACUGAUCCUGCCACCCGUGCUCGAGGGGGGAGAGAGGUUCUCCAACGAGUUUUCCACCUUAGGUAGUUGUAAAUCGCUGUAAAUCCUGUACAUUCCACCCCAGCAAACUUUAAAACUGUCGGGGCGGAGAGAACCUGCAUCGCUUACGCGGCAACACCCCCGUGAGUCGGGGAGCUCAGCCCCGCCAAGAACUGCGUUUCUGCCAGCAAAGGAGAAGAAGCUGCAGCCUUAACUCUGUUUUUGUUUGUUUGGUUUUUUUCAUACCUGCCUGCUCCGGGAGGAACGAACCCUGCACCGAAGAGAAUCCGAAGCGGUUUUUUUUUUUUUUUUUUUGGUACAGAAACAUUUACGUUAAAACAGAAGAGAAAAUAAUUAAAAAAAAAAAAAAAUUAACCUCAGGAGAAAAACUUGGCGGGCAGGUGGAAAAAUUUGCACUGUGAUAUAGCUUUCACAUUAAAUUCACACCUAUUUUCCUUUCUUUGAUUAUUUUUCUUUGCUGGUACAGUUGCCCCUUGCUGAUUUUCAGGGCGUGGCUCAUCUGGGGCUGAGGGAGUUUUGCAGGUCCUCCCUCUGCAGGGAUAAUUCCCAUCCUCCCUGUGCUUCCCACCGAGGAGGGUGUGGGGAAGGAAAGGGUCGCGCAAAGGGACUGGCAGAUCAGGCUGGAUGGAUGGAGGGUUUUUAUGUUUCAGCUCUGAACAUUUGCCCCCAAGAGGCUUUCCCAAAGCAGCAGGAUGCAAGGAAUGGUGCAGAAUAAGGAAUUUUGGUGGUUCAGUAAAGGUUCCUUACACUCAAAUCCCGGGAGGCAGCGCUGGGCUGGGACAGACCUGCCCAUGCUCAUCCUCCCUCCAAGUGCUCCAGCCCAUCCAUCCCAACCCACCCACGAGGCUACUACUGAGAGUUCUGGGGGGAAAGGUGGCUCCCCAGCCCCAGGGGAAGCAGAGGAGCCAGGGUAGCAGCACCCCAAGCCCACGAUCCGUGUCAGUCCUAGCGGGAGCAAAGCGUUCCUCUGAGGAGAAACCUGCUUUUGGCUCCUGUGAUUUAUUGGGGCCGCUCCAGAAUCCAUUGCUGCAGUUUAACAAAAAUUGCAUUGGCUAGAACAGCAGCUCAGGGCCCUGAUUAAACCUUUUUUUUUAUUUUUUAUUUUUUUUGUGUCCUUUUAGCACAAAAAAAACCCACCAGACUUUCCACCACUGGGGCAUGCGCAUGUGUGAGCUAUAUUUUUGUGAAUAGGGCACUUCAAGCUUAAAAUGUGUGUGUUUGUCUCUCUUUCUCUCUCUCUCUCUCUCCCCCCUGUAUUUUAUUGUCUUUGGUAUCAAUGUAGUACGGACUGUAAAGUUUAUGAACUCUCAUUUUUGUAACAUAAGCUUUAAAAAAAAAAGAAAAAAAAAAACAAAACAAAACAAAAAAACAAAUAGAAGCCUCCAAAGCUUUCAACGGGGGAAGCUUCAUGGAAACUUUGUACUAGAAUGUCCCUAUCAAACACCUCUAUUUUUCUACAAUGAUUGAUUAAGCAGUUUAACAAUGUAUUUUGUGUCAAUGAUUUCAACUGAAUUGGUAAAAAGACAAUUAAGAAUCGAAUGCUGUUAAUUAACAAUGGAUUUUCAAGCCGUAUAUGCCGAGUGGUGUUUUCAUUGGCAGGAAAUAGUUUAACCUGGGAACUUCAUCCCUCAAGCCUAAACAAUAUCCCAUGGAAAGCUCAGUUCCCUAUGGGAAUAUUUUUGGCAAAUCACAUUUUAUGGAACAUGAAUGUAACAUCUUGACAUAAUUGACUACCUAAUUAAUCAAGACUCAUUACACCUCUGUAUCAUUCACUAAAAUAUUUUGAUGACUUUU